AUGGAUCGCAUGGGAAUGUUCCAGAUGCCGCCGCUGGUGGCGCCGCAGCUUACAAACCAGCCGCCCCAGAUCUUUGGCUCGUAUCUGGCCGAGGGCCUGCCGCAGCUGACACCGGACAUGGCGGCCCAGUUGUUCCCGGAUUCUAGCAUGUUGCUGGACGACAGUCUUGAUGCCAAGAGGAGGAGAAUUGCUAGGGCAUGUGACCAGUGUAGAAGGAAGAAGAUCAAGUGUGACGGCAAGCUUCCGUCAUGCACACACUGCACCAACUACAAGACUGAAUGCGUCUUUACCCAGAUUGAAAAGAAGAGGACGCCGCCAAAAGGUGCCAAAUACAUUGAGGCGUUGGAGAACCGCUUAGGUCGUAUGGAAAAGCUUCUUCGAUUGGCCGGUAUUCUCGAGAAUGAAGAUGAUGAUCUUGCCGAACUCGAAAAGAGACUUACCGAGAAGGCACAGCAGGGAGGUGCUGCUCACAGCUCAGGGCCUUCCUCACCUUUGCAUCUUGCGUCAGAAAGUGAGGCCACAGCAUCUCCCAGAAGCUCCGUGACAUCGCCAGGUCUACAGAAAGACAAAGACAAGAGACAGGAGGAUAAAAGCAAAUUAGGCGCCACGCCAGCAAGCACUCAAGGAGAGGAAGAAGUCGAGGCUUUAUCUGAGAUGAUGUGCUCUUUGGUGACUAAUCAAUCUGGCGAGACGAGAUAUAUCGGCUCUUCAUCCGGAUUCUCCAUCUUCUCGCCAAAGGGCGUCCAGUGGAUCAAUCAUAAGACCGGCGACAACUCAUUCCAGAAUAUGAUUUCUGAAGUCUCGGAAGAUGACCACAAAUGGACUAAUUGGAAGCCUGAGAUAUUCGGGGAUCUUUUCAAGCGACCCGUCUUCCGACCUCUACCAUCCAAGCCCGAAGCAAUGUCUCUGCUCAAAGAUUUCUUCGAAAAUUUCAACUGCAUGUUCCCACUCUUCCAUCAGCCAACUUUCAUGCACUUAGUCGAGCGUCAAUAUUCUGAUGACCCCUACCAGGGGUCCGGCUGGUGGGCAAGUCUCAACUGUGCUUUGGCCAUCGCUCAUCGCCUGCGUGUCAUGAGUAACCUAGUUCCACAAGAGGAGGAUGAAAAGGCAUGGGGUUAUUUGAAAAACGCCAUGGGCGUCUUUUCCGAGCUUGCCAUGCGCAACACAGACUUGCUGAGUGUCCAGGCUCUACUGGGGAUGGCGCUCUUCAUGCAGGGAACUCCCAACCCUCAGCCAGCCUUCCUCUUGAUUUCCGUCUCCAUUCGACUUGCGCAUAGCAUUGGCCUCCACAAGAAAGGAACGGGAUUCAACCUCAAUCCGAUUGAAAUUGAGCAGCGCAAGAGAGUCUUCUGGAUUGCCUAUAUGCUAGAUAAAGACCUCUGUCUUAGAGCAGGUCGCCCUCCUGCCCAGGAUGACGAUGAUAUGAACGUUGAGCUCCCCGACGCCGAUCCGGAAGAUAACAUUGGCAAUAUCCCUUUGGCUGAUGGAAAGGGCAAAAUGAACUUGUUUCGAGUCAUGUGCGAGUUUGCCGUCAUUGAAAGCAAUGUGUACAGGAGACUGUAUUCAGCCAAGGCAGCAAAGCAGUCCGACGGCGAGCUUCUCGCUACGAUUGGAGAACUGGACCAGCAACUGGAGGAGUGGAAGGACAGGAUUCCCAUUGACUUUCGCCCUGAGCAUGAAAUCAGGGCCUCACACACACCGCUCAUUCUCCAUAUCGUCAUGGUGCAUUUUACCUACUAUAAUUGUCUGACCACGAUCCAUCGUAUGUCAGUACACCAUGGCUUUUGGACCAGCCGGCUGGCCAACUAUGCCAUCUCAGGCCAGAAUGUGCGACCGUUGAACCCGAGAAUAUUCUCGUCUGCUAUGCUUACGACAGCAGCAGCGCGAGCAUCCAUCUCUUUGCUCAAAUAUGUCCCUCAAGGCGAUUUCUCAUGUGUCUGGCUGGUUCUUUACUUUCCAGUUUCAGCACUGGUUACCCUUUUUGGAAAUAUCCUGCAGAAUCCUCUCGAUGCGCGCGCGAAAUCAGAUGUUAAACUAAUGAAUCUGGUCGUCACGUUCCUCUCCAUGCUUGGCCAAGAGGCGGAGCAGGGAGGAGUGCACAGAAUGUUGGGCGUGUGCUCUGAAUUCUGCCGUAUCGCACAAAGUGUCAUUGAAAAGGCCGACAGGGAGCAAUCUGCGCGCCGAAAACGAAAGGCAGCAGAUACUCCAGGAAGCACUGAAGGUCGCAAUCAAUCUUUGCCGCCUGGUGCCACGGCAGCUGCAUCCGCGGCCAAAACUUCGACACCAGCAUCUUCCGCACAGGAUACGCCAAAAUCAAGCUCCACGACGGCAGCAACAACGCCCCAGGCGGCUGUCCAUGACACCCUGUCGCCUGAAUUCGUCGCGGCGCGCGCAUCGUUCCAGAAUGCAGUGAAUAAGACGCCGUCAGGGCUAUCACCAUUGGCUGACUCGAUGCAAUGGGGCCCAGAUGUCCAGAUGGGCCAGGAUAUGGACUUUGACACGUUUGGUGACUUGGCCGGAUUGAAUAGUGACAUUCAAUCGCCGCCACUGCCUGGUGGUGGUACGUUCCAGCAGCCUCUGCUCCCGCAGGAUCUCUACUCCAUGACCAUGGGCCUGGACUGGAACUGGGUUGAAAUGAGUGGAGGGGCGUAUCCCACGGUAGAGAAUGGCAACUUUGGCAACCUCGAGAAUACUGGGGUAAUUGAUCCAAGACGGCAGAUGUAA